CGCAAGGGUACGAGACAGAGAGCUUUCUUAAUGUGCCCAAAGCUGCAGCAGCCGGAAGGAAGUGUGCUAAGCGAGUCGACAGCAUAUGGGGUGCUUGGUUCUUCUUCAGUUUUUACUUUAAGCCCUCUUUGAAUGAUAAGUCUAAGGCCAAGAUUGUCAGGGAUAGCAAUGGUGUUUCAGGGUUUGACAAGUCUGAUCUCAAGCUUGAUGUUUUCAUGGUUCAGCAUGACAUGGAGAAUAUGUACAUGUGGGUGUUCAAGGAGAGGCCCGAGAAUGCGCUGGGUAAAAUGCAGCUGAGGAGUUUCAUGAAUGGGCAUUCUCGCCAAGGGGAGCGCCCAUUCCCGUUCAGUGUUGACAAGGGUUUUGUGCGGUCUCACAGGAUGCAGAGGAAGCAUUAUAGAGGGCUUUCUAACCCUCAGUGUGUUCAUGGUAUUGAGGUUGUUCCGUCCCCCAAUCUGAUGGCCCUUACUCACUGGACGAGAUUUGAACUUCACAAUCCCACCUGAAGCAAGCGAUUUCAGUUCAUGGAGGAAUCUUCCCAACACAGACUUUGAGCUUGAGAGGCCGCCUGCCCCAAUCAAGGGUGCUCCAAAUUCACACCCUAAGAAACUGCUCAAUGGAUCUGGACUGAAUUUGUCAACUCAUUUGUCUAACCACAGUAAUGGAGAUGGAUUGGACCUAUCUCCGGUCAGCAGCAAAAAGAGGAAGGACUUCUUCCCACAUGCAAAUGAUGAAGAAUGCUACUUGGCUGUUAAUCCUCCAGCUGAACGGAUUCCAGAUAUAGAGAUGCACCCCCCAAACGAGCCAAACUGGUUGAAUGACUUUACUGGGGUGAUAAAGAGUGUCUAUGGACCUGUUACUGCUGCAAAAACGAUCUAUGAAGAUGAUCAAGGCUAUUUAAUUAUCAUAAGCUUGCCCUUUGUAGAUCUUCCAAGUGUGAAAGUUUCUUGGAGGAACACUCUGACUCAUGGCAUCAUAAAGGUUUCUUGUUUGAGCACAUCGCGAAAACCGUUCAUUAAGAGGCAUGACAGGACAUUCAAGCUCACAGAUCCAUCAUCGGAGCACUGUCCUCCCGGUGAGUUCGUCCGUGAGAUCCCUCUUUCGACGAGAAUCCCUGAAGAUGCCAACAUUGAAGCAUACUAUGAUGGGCCAGGUUCAGCACUUGAGAUCAUGGUGCCAAAGCAUCGGGUAGGACCUGAAGAGCAUGAAGUCCGGGUUUGCCUACGCCCUCAUCUGGGAGGGAAUGAUCUUAUGUUAACUUGAAGAUUAGGCACUUCUAUUUAAAAGAAAAGAAAAAAAAAGAAAAUACUAUUAUUGUUAUUAUUAGGAAUGCUAGUAUGGUGCGUUUAUGAUUGUUUUUUUCUAACUUUGUACCAUACAGUGUUUUAUCUGUAAUAGAAAAUGUGCGUCUUACAUUUUACAUAUAGCACUAGCAAUUUUUAGCUCACUGAAUGCCCUGGUUCUUUUUGUGUUCCAGUGCAUUUCUAAGCUUUUGAUUGUAAGCGAUUAUUAAUCCGAACAGAGCCGGUUCUGUUCAUUUAUAAGAUAUUAUCAAUUAUCAAUAAUCAUAACAAUCAUACCUUUGGUAUAAGUGACCAAAGGAUUCUUUAUCUA